AUGUCCGCGGCAAAUAUCAGUCCCGAUUCUCUGGCAACUGGGCAACGACACUAUGAUCAUCUGGUAUCGUCUAUCGGCCUGAAGGAUGCGCCUGCAAGCUUGCAGCUCUCUGCCCUGCGAAGCAUGUCAACCACUGAUAUGCUUGAUAGGUUGGGUGUGGCUGAGCAUAGCUUCAUGCUUGAGGAUGAGGAGUUCUUCUCAGACUACUCGGGCCAGCUAUUCGAUCAGCUCACCACGAUUCCAUCAUGGGUUCAAAAGGUGGUGGUAGGCCAGACGAAAGAAGAGACCGUUGUCUUCGCUCUCAAGUGGCACACAAUGUCCGCAGACCAGCUGCGAAGCCAGUGGGAGGGAAUAUACAGCGAUCCAUCAUAUGCACAGGAGGUUUUCGCUGCCUAUGGUGUUGGCAAAGACUCAUCACAUUCUGAUAUGGUUGCGGCGUUGGUCGCAUACACGUCAGACAAUUUCUUCACCACAACGGCCUCCCGUCUUACAACGGAGCAUCUCAAGAUUCCCGGUCCCGGAAAUCCAAAAGUCUACUCUUACUGUUUCGAUCAGCCUGACAUAAUCUCCAAAAGACCUGUCUGGAGGGGUUCAGCCUAUCAUUCAGUGGAAAUACCAUUCUUGUUUCGUCAUCCUCAAGUUGCUGGUAGCGAUGCAUCGCCGGAGUUUCGUAAGACCUCUGACACUUUCAGCACCGCUGUGUUGCACUUACUCAACGGGAAUGAGCCUUGGGAAGAUGUCAGUAUUGCUAAGAGAUGGAUGAGGCUCGACGGCGAGAAGUCAGGCAUCGCAAAUGAGAAUGACAGCCUAGGCGCAAGGUGGGCGGUAUUGGCGAACAGCCCAGAGAGACAUCAGAAGUUCAUGCUAGGCAUGAUGUUGCUGGGGGAUGCGAUGGGUUAUGCGCUGACUGCGUUCUCUGCGGAAAGUUUGGCCGACUAG